AUGGCCACGGAGUCAAACGUCCUGUCGAGUUGCAUAAUCGAUGCAAGCUUUGACAUGGACGAAGCUCUGACUUUGCAUCCAAAUUUUGGGCAUCAAAUCGCAGUAUCAGAUUCUCUCGUUGCUAAUUUGCCGAUAGUUUCUGGCGACGGUGGGAUUUGUUCGGUUUGUAUGGAGGGCUUUCAAUUGGGAAUAGGUGGAAAACGAGUCCCCUGUGGCCACGUGCACCAUGCAGCUUGUCUUUCAUCCUGGUUCUCCAACAACAACUCUUGCCCUCUCUGCCGAUUCAACAUCUCCAUUGCCAAAUGA